UGCAACUUCACUGUUGUUGCUGGCGCCUCGAACUCUUCAUACAGACAACAUCCAAAGGUAGACGGAAUAGUUUGCAUCCGAUCAAGGUUCGGCGGAACAGAAAAGGAUUAAAAAGAAAACGGACUGAAACGAAAUGGCUAUGGAUAGCACAAGGACAUCACCAGAAAGCCACCCGUGGAUGGUCUACAUCUCGACACUGUUUGCAUCAGUUCUAGCCCUUCUGAUAGGUUACAACCAAGCAAUUAUUUCGGGGGCCAUGUUAUUCCUAGUUGAUACCUAUCAACUUGACACGUUGUGGCAGCAAUUAAUAGCAACAUCCAAUACCGCGGGAUGCGCAUUUGCACCUUUUCUAACUGGGUAUCCUGUCCAAAUAUUUGGAAGGAAAAAGAUGAUCCUUGCGUCAAAUGCGUUGGUGUGUAUUGGCGCCGUCAUAUCAGCAGCAGCUCCGACGAAAGAGGUGGUUCUCGUUGGACGAUUCGUGGCAGGAUUGGGAGGAGGAGCUAUAUCCCUCGUGGUGCCGAUGUACAUAUCGGAAUGUGCCCCCGUGGACAUCAGAGGGAGUCUGGGAAGUUUAACACAGUGUUUAAUUUCUGUGGGUGUGUUCCUGUCAUCAAUUGUAGCAGGCGCUUUCAGCGGAAUGGGGGCAGAAGCAUGGAGAUGGAUGUUUGCUUGUUCCUGCGCUAUCGACGUUGUACACUUUGUGGGAUUCCUCUUCCUUCCCGAGAGUCCCCGGUGGUUCAUGGACAGAGGAAGAGAGGAAGAAGCAGAAGCUGUCCUCAAGCAACUGAGGAGUAACCCGGAUGAAAUCACCAAGGAACUCGAUGACAUGAAGAAAAGUGUUGCAGAAGGAAAACAGUUGAAACGUCAUAAAGGGGACGGUUCCUCUAUCAUUGCUCGGGUGAUGAAAACUCCGCCUGUCCGUAGAGCAUUGAUACUUGGAAUUGGUCUGGCUAUGAUAACACAGAUCACAGGUGUGGCGACAAUCAUAUUCUACUCGGGGAUAAUAUUCAGAAGAGCAGGAUUCAGCGGAGCACGUGCAAUAUGGAUGACUACAAUACCUAGUGUAAUAAUGGCUGUGUCAUCUUUCGCCGUUACGUGCUUGAUUGAGAGAUUUGGCCGGAAACAUCUGUAUCUUGGAGCCCAAAUAGGUCAGUUGAUUGCCUUGGUUAUUCUUGGACUUGGUUUCUUCCUCUCAGCAACUAAUUCUCCCGCUGUCAGCGAUGACAUUCAGAUAGCCAUCAAUAACGCUACGUCUACACCCAUGUGUAAUUUCAGAACAUGUGAGCAAUGCAUCGACUCUUCACAAUGUGGCUUCUGCUACGACGUACUCUCAAGAGCCUCGUGUGUACCCUUGUCGGUAAACGGCAGUGCUACAGCGGGGAGAUGCUCUUCCUCCGUCUCUUUUAACAGUUCAGACUUCACCCUGGAGACACAAUCCUGCCCAAGUGAUUAUAAAUGGAUUCCAGUGAUUGGUUCUUCGCUAUAUCUGGCUGUAUAUGGCUCUGGUGUUGGUGUUAUCUAUGUCGUGAUAGCUGAAAUAUUCCCUAUGUGGGCACGUGGCACAUGUAGUUCCAUAGCUACUGCAGCUAUAUGGAUGAGUCAGACCUUGUCUGUUUCACCUUUCUGACUGUGGCUGAAGCUAUCACUGUAUAUGGUAUGUUCUGGCUGUAUGCGGGGUGCGCCUUACUUGCUGCUAUUUACAUACUGAUAUUCAUGCCGGAAACAAAAGGGGUGCGACUGGAGAAAGUUGGACUACUGUUCUUGACAGACGGCGAGAAGGUUGCACUGCGAAGAACCGAAGUGGACUCAGAUACAAAUCUCUUUAGUGAAUGAAUAUGUAUCAACUGGCCAAUGCCUCACAUUCAUUCUACGGAAAAUGGCCAAAUUUUGCCACUGACUGUACACGUUGUUCUUAUCCCUAUAUUCAUAUUCCGGAGUCAAAGGUGAUAACUGACUUUGCGAGGUGCGAACACAUUCAAUACGGGAAAAGUGCCAUCUUUUUUAAAGCAAAUGCAAGCAAAAUCAAACGUGGAAUCCGAUUUCGUAAUAAAUGUAUUCGAUUUUGUCAUAAUUUAACGGGAAAAAAUAUAUAACACCCAUGAAACGAAUACUUGAGGAUCACAAUCCCAGUUACAUGUAGAUACCACACAAUAUUCAUAAUCAAGGACAUCCCGAUUAUGUCGUGGAUAUAAUUUACAAAGUUUUCAUGUACAGAAUUGAAUAAAUGACUGUUUCAAUUUUAAA